AUCAAGGAACUGUACAAAAAGUUGUAGUCCUGCCCACCAACUUCUCUGCAAGUGGAGAACUCAUUUUAGAAGAGCUGGAGGUUUUUCAGAGUAAUUCUCCUAUAACAACAAUGAAGAUUUCAUCUAAAAAGCAACAGUUGUAUGUGAGCUCAGAUGAAGGAGUCACCCAGGUGUCCUUACAUCGCUGCCACAUCUACGGCACAGCCUGUGCCGACUGCUGCCUGGCACGGGAUCCCUACUGCGCCUGGGAUGGCAACUCCUGCUCCAGGUUUUAUCCCACAGGGAAAAGGAGGAGUCGUAGGCAAGACGUGAGACAUGGAAACCCUCUGACUCAGUGCCGAGGCUUCAACCUGAAAGCAUACAGAAACGCUGCAGAAAUAGUUCAGUAUGGAGUGAAAAACAACACCACCUUUUUAGAAUGCACACCUAAAUCUCCUCAGGCUUCUAUUAAAUGGCUGCUGCAGAAAGACAAUGACAGGAGAAAAGAGGUCAAGUUGAAUGAGAGGAUCAUAGCUACUGAGCAAGGACUCCUCAUUCGCUCGGUGCAGGACAGCGACCGAGGACUUUACCACUGCAUUGCAACAGAGAACAGCUUCAAGCAGACCUUAGCAAAGAUCAAUUUCAAAGUGCUGGAUCCAGAGAUGGUGGCUGUGAUGACUGACAAGUGGUCCCCAUGGACCUGGGCCAGCUCAGUGCGAGCUCUACAGUUCCACCCCAAGGACUUUGUGGGAGCUUUCAGCCACUCUGAGAUGCAGAUGAUCAACCAGUACUGCAAAGACAGUAGACAGCCAGGUCAGCAGAGGGAAGAAUCCCAGAAGAUGAGAGGGGACUACAGCAAACUAAAGGCUCUUAUCAAUAGCAGGAAAAGUAGAAAUAGAAGGAAUCAAUUACCUGGAUCUUAAUUUUAUUUUGUAGUAGUAGAUAUCUGUCCUCAAUGUAGGGGGCUUAUAUUUG